UCUUUGGUAUAGUUUAGUACAGUUUUAGUAUAGCAUUCUUUAAUAUAAUAUAGUAUCAUGAAAUAACAAAUUAGACUUCUAAGCACAUGGAGUCAGAUGCAUAUUCCUUCCUUCAUCAGGGAACCCUGCAAAUACAAGACGUGUGGUGGUUCAGCCUCAUUUUGAGCCAUUGCAGUGUCAGCAACAAUCAGAAGAAAAUGCAAAAAUUCAUCUCAAUAGCUCAGACUGCAUGGGAAAUGUUUAUAUCUGAAAGGAAGCCUGGCUGGAAGUAUCAGAUGCAGCUUUUUGCAGUUUGCUCUGCAGUUGGCUUCCUCUCCAGCUUUCUGUUUUUCCUUAGCAUGCACUUCUCCUUGGCACACCAUUCCUUGGGGCCCUUACUGAUUUCUGGAUUCAUCUGGAUUUUGCUUUCUAUCAUGCUCUUUUGUUUCAAGCGCCUGCGCUGUUUUAGUGUUCUGUUCCUCCUUUCUUGUGGAUUGAAAAAUGGCAGGGAUGCUCUUAUUACUGCUGGCACAGGUGUUGUGGUGGCCAGCAACAUUCAAAAUAUUUUUCACAAUUUAAAGGCUCUGGCUGACAGUAUAACCUGUCAUUUAAAGCAAGAGCAAUUUGCCUUGAUAAAAUAUUAUAUUGAGGCAAUAAAAUGGGUUUAUGAGGUAGCCAAGCCUCCUGCUGAGCUACCUAAAGAUAUAGUGGUCCUAAAGCACGAAUUCACACCAUCUUAUUCCAUUUUAGAUGACGCAUUAAAACAACAGCUAAAUGACACAGAGCAAGAAAUCCAGAGAAUUGCUAACCAGAUAUCUUUUAUGUUGACUAUACUGCCCUAUAUAGGUCAGAAAGUAUUGCCUAUAUUUGGGGUUUUUCUAGUUUCUUUUGGAACUGGCCUCUUUAUCAAAAAAUUUGUGGGUUCUCAUACUACCAAAUUUAAGAAUACUUAUAUCACAAAACAGUUCAUUGCAUUUGAUGAGCACCAAAAACAACAGCAAAGACCCUGUCUUCUGCCACUUAACAAAAAAGAAAGAAAAGAUUAUGUGAUGAUCCCAUCCUUCUUCUUCACAAGAAAGGACAGGAAAAAAAUGCUGUGUUCUUUUUUCCCUAUAAUUAUUCAUCUUUGCAUCUGGCUUCUGUUUGCUGCAGUAGACUCUUUGUUUUAUUUGUUAAUUAUUUCUGUGAACAAAUAUCUCCAAGAAGUACCGGAUCUGGACAUUCAACUCAGUCUCUUUCAGAAUAAGAAUGAGAGAAGCUAUAUAAUUUCUAUGAAAGAGCAUAUUGCCAAGACUGAUUCUUUCAAGAUCUCUUUGGUUAAGCAAAACUGCAUCACUCAUCCUGAGCUCGCUCUCUCCACAACAUGGAUUCAGCUUGGAGUCAUCAUCUUCUUCUUAAUAAUUUUUGGGUUAUUCUCUGGCCUCCUGACCCAACUUAAAAUACUCGUGUUAACUUCCUUUUAUCCUGAUACCGAGAUGAAACGUAUACAUUAUUUACAUGCAAAAUUACUCAAAAAAAGAAAAAAGCUACAAGAGAAAACUGGGAAGAACACGUUUGCAAGAACGGUCAACUUUUUGUUUCCAAUACUCAAGGCAAGAGAGGCAGUGAGGAAGAAAGAAAGGAGUGUAGCAGCAUGACAGGAUGAUGUGAAAGAGACAAAGUAAAUCUUUGGAUAUGGCUGACAUUCUUUAGUUCCACCUGUGCUUUGCACCAUUUGUCCUAUAGAAUGUCAAUUGUAAAAUGUAAAAAUUUCACACUCAAAGGCUGACCAGCAGUGUUUUGGAAAAGGUUCUCUUGUGGAUGGUGAACAGUCAACCACAAAUUGCUCUGGAUUGCUUUAACAGUUUUUUUUCAGUUUGUGGUUUGCAUUAUCUGGUACUUGAGAAAAUAGUGGAUGAUCUGUUAUUCUGUCUAAAAGAAAUAAAAUAGUUUGGACCUUUUAGGUCUACACCAGAAACCUCUUUGGGUUGAGCUAACAGAAGAUGUAAUGACAGCAGCAGGUUUGUCUUCUUCACGUUUGCCAGACACUGAAGAUAGAAGACACAGCAGAGACUGUGCAUCCAUUGCCUUCUGGGAUGGCCAAAAACUGGACUUUGAUGUUUCUAGACAUUUUUAUCUAUUUCUCAAGCCUCAAGCCCUUCAGCCUGGAUCUUUGCCAUCCCUAGUUUCUAGUCUCCUAUCUAGUCUCCCACCCAAAAUUCCUUACUUGGUCUUAGUCCCCACUUCCACAUACCCACAGACUGUAUCACUAGUGCAGAUUGUUCGACGCCUUUGAUAAUCAUGAGAGGUCAUGUAACAGGUAGAAGUGAGAAGGGUCACAAGAGCUAGAAUGGAGAGGAAUCAGCUGCUGUGAGGGCAAACAAGGUGUCAUUAAAGGGUGAGGCACGUAAGUAGAGGUGAACAAUGUUUCAAGUCUUGCAGACUGAGGAAGCUUGCAGAAGAGACAAAAAUGGGCUUAAUUAUGUUGCAUAAGCAUCAAUGACUUUAAUUCAAUUAAACUGAGCCAAUAGUGAAGUACUUCACCUAUUCAACCAACACUGGUGAUGUGACCUUCAUAUGAUACAAGCGCAAAUGCAAAAUGCCUAAAGACGUAGGAAUGACUUAUGUAACUUUAGAGACUUAAUGUACAUCUAAAAAAUGUACCCAACACGGAGUGUAUUUCUGAUUUUCAGCCACAGCCAACUUCCUUUUUU